CCUGCGCCCGCCCGGCACCGCUGCGCCCGGAUCCAGCUGCCCGGCCGCGGCCAUGAGCCAGACGGAGCUGUCCACCUGCUCGGCCCCGCAGAGCCAGCGCAUCUUCCAGGAGGCGGUGCGCAAGGGCAACACCAAGGAGCUGCAGUCGCUGCUGCAGAACAUGACGAACUGCGAGUUCAACGUGAACUCGUUCGGGCCCGAGGGGCAGACGGCCCUGCACCAGUCCGUCAUCGACGGCAACCUGGAGCUCGUCAAGCUGCUCGUCAAGUUCGGCGCGGACAUCCGCCUGGCCAACCGCGACGGCUGGAGCGCGCUGCACAUCGCCGCCUUCGGGGGCCACCAGGACAUCGUGCUCUACCUGAUCACCAAGGCCAAGUACUCCGCGGGCAGCCGGUGACGCUGCGGCCGCCGGGGCCGGGCACUGGCUCCUCGCGGGACAGGCUGGGCUGGCGGCCUGA